AUGGGCAUGCGUGCUCAAGGUCCACCAGGAGAACCUGGGCCACGGGGCCCCCCAGGUCCACCCGGUGUGCCAGGAGCGGACGGGAUUGAUGGCGAUAAAGGUCCACCCGGUGCAGCAGGCGUUCCUGGGACCAAAGGAGCUCCAGGCCUCCCAGGACCAGAUGGAGCUGCAGGAAAACCCGGAAUUGAUGGCCUUACGGGAGCGAAAGGAGAGCCAGGCCGUAUUGGAAGACAAGGUCCCAAACCUGUAAUGACUCACAACCACUCUGACACAGUCUUUCAGGGUAAUGCAGUAGGUCUCUGGAAGUGCUUCAAGGGACAUAAAGGGACCCAGAUUUCCAGGCCUUCCUGUAGUGUGACUUGUGACAUGUUGGGUUACACUGGUGAAUUCAUAUGGGGGAGCGGACCAGAUGGACCACAAGGGCCUCCAGGACCUCCUGGAAAGCCAGGCCCAAUUGGUCGUCUACAAGGAGCCGAAGGCAGUGCUGAUUUCGUGUGUCCAACCAACUGCCCACCUGGACUCAAAGGACCUCCAGGUUUACAGGGGUUGAAGGGACAUAGAGGCCGACCAGGAGCCUCCGGAGAGCCUGGAAAACAAGGCCGGCUGGGUCCAAGGGGUGACGUGGGCCUUUCUGGAGAACAAGGCAUUCAGGGUCCCCCUGUAAUGGCCCAGAAUCCCAGGGGACAUCCAGGAAAGGCAGGACCAAAAGGAGAGAUGGGUUCUCAAGGUUACAAAGGCAUGACUGGGAGUAUUGGAGCUGUUGGUCCCCGGGGUGAAGAUGGUCCCAGGGGACCCCCAGGACAAGUUGGAGAGAAGGGAGAAAUUGGUCUUCCUGGGAUUGAUGGCAAAGACGGAUUUCCUGUUCCUGGAGUGAAGGGAAGUGUGGGUCAACCAGGCCUUCCAGGGCCUUUGGGACACAGUGGAGUGGCCGGUUUGCCAGGCACUCCUGGGAGCAAAGGUGGUCCUGGAGAGAAGGGCGAAUCAGGGACCCGUGGCCCGUCGGGCUUACCUGGGCCAUCUGGGAAAAUUGGGGAGCCCGGUCCACCAGGAGCAGUGGGUCUCCAAGGCAUUGCUGGUGUGAAAGGCGAUCGGGGUGACAGGGGGCCUACGGGACCUCCAGGUCCUCAGGGAAAAGUGGGCUCUAAAGGAGACCAGGGUCCCCCUGGAAUUCCAGGGCCACAGGGACUCCCAGGAGUUAAAGGCAGCAAGGGCUUCCCGGGGAAAAGUGGAUCCAAAGGCGAUAUCGGGAAUCCUGGUGUUGGAGGCCUUUCUGGAGGAAAGGGGCAGAAGGGUGAAUUGGGGGAACCUGGACCAAAGGGGCAGCAAGGCAUCUGUGGGGAGCCUGGUUUUCCUGGACCUCCUGGAGACACUGGGGCACCUGGAGUUAGAGGUUUCCCGGGAUCUCCUGGCCCUCGAGGACCGAAUGGGGAACGUGGUGUACCUGGAAUGCCUGGGUUGCGAGGUGGCCCAGGCAGGGACACUGGAGAUCAGCACAUUGUUGAUGUCGUGAUCAAGAUGCUACAAGAGCAACUGGCUGAGUUAGCAGUGAGUGCGAAAAGAGAAACUGUGGGUGGAAGUGGCAUGAUGGGGCCACCUGGCCCUCCGGGGCCUCCUGGGUCACCUGGCUCCCAAGGCCCCCAUGGACAUCCUGGUUCCCGUGGUCCUCCAGGAAUCCUAGGAGCGGUUGGACAGAUAGGCAACACUGGACCCAAAGGAAAGAGGGGUGAGAAAGGAGACCAGGGAGAACCUGGCCAUGGACAUCAAGGAAUGCCAGGGCCUCCAGGCCUACCAGGUCCCCCUGGUCAACCUGGUCAAGCUCUCAAUGGCAAACACGGAGAGCGAGGUGUUCCAGGUGCCCCAGGAGAAGCAGGCCGUCCUGGUUUACCUGGGCCUUCUGGCCUUCCUGGGUUUUGCGAGGCAGUUGUCUGCCUUGGUGCCUCUGCCUCAGCUCAACUAACCGAAGUAGGUUCUGUCAAAGGACCUUCCUACUGA